GCGGAGCUUGAUAAGGCAGCCUCUAUAGAGGGAAGCAGGCCAAGAGGGAGGCCAUAGUGGGCGAGUGUGUGUAAAGACUAGAGGGUUUGUGAAAAUGAGUGAUUUUCACCUUGAUCUUAGCCCACUCAAGGAGCCCCUGGGUUUCAUCAAGCUUCUUGAGUGGUUCUUUUCUAUGUUUGUCUUUGCUACAUGUGGAGGCUAUAAAGGUGCAACAACAAUUUUAGUUUCCUGUAAAGGAGUUGUGAAUAGAACAGUAACCGCAGCUUUUGCCUAUCCUUUCAGGCUGAACAAAGUUAUAUUUAGUUCACCAGAUCCAACCCGAUGCAAUGGCACUUGGGCUGACUUCCACCUCGUGGGCAACUUUUCCUCCUCUGCACAGUUCUUUGUAACCCUUGGAGUCUUGAUAUUUUUGUAUUGCAUGGCUGCCCUUGUGCUGUACCUUGGUUAUAUGCAUGUGUACCGGAAUGAUGGCAUUUUCCCAAUGAUAGAUUAUGUCUUCACUCUCAGCGCUGUUUUUCUGUGGCUAGUCAGCAGUGCUGCCUGGGCAAAGGCACUUGUUGAUAUCAAGGUAUCAACUGGUCCACACAUUGUUGAGGAAAUACCUGCUUGCAAAAUGCAAGGAUCUUCCUGUGUGUUUGCUUCUGUUACCAGCAUGGGAAGUCUAAAUGUGUCUGUGGUUUUCGGUUUGCUAAAUAUGAUUCUGUGGGGAGGAAAUGCUUGGUUUGUAUACAAGGAGACAAGCCUGCAUAAACCAAGCAACACUUCUCAAGACUCUGGGCUUUAUCCACCUGCAUCGGGAAUUUAAACAGAUGUAGCUUCAUACCAAAAUAGCCAUGUUUCAUUCUGUUGAAAAUAGUUUGAAAACCUUGGAAGUUCAAAGUACUUUAAUAGUAAACUUUUUUGUAUGGAUAUAAACCUCAAAGAACUUACUCUGAGUCUGGAUAGAAAAAAACAGUAAGUUUUGGAAGGGGUGACUUAUACUUAAUUGAAUAUUCUAAUUCAAUGUAACCUACAGACAGCCUUGUUUAAAAAUGUAAACGAUUUCUUUUUCUGGAGAUAACAUUUUUGUACUGAAAUCUGUACCAAAUCUGUAUUUGGUUUGUACUAAAUCUUGUCUGUAUAACUAGUCCUCUCCCAAGCUCAUGUUGAACUUCUGUUUUAACAUGUAAUCUGAGAGGCUCAAAAUAACCUUGCACAUUCCAACACUAAUGAACAGUAAUUCUUCGAUUAAACAGGCUUGAGUUGUCUGGUUUAAAAAUCUUUCCCCUCCCAAUUUGGCGAAUUUGCAUUUCUUUUUUUCGUGUAAUAGUUUAAUUCUUGCUUUAGACAACAGAGUAAAUCUUGGACAUAUCUUAGAUGAGAGAAGAGCUGAGGCAGAUACUCUAAAUUGGCCUUUGCCAACCUGGCACUCUCCAGAUGUGUUGGAUGACAGUCGGCUGGGAGUGGUGGGAGCACAUGGAGAGACCAGGUUGCCUAUUUUAAAUCAAUGUAUCAGCAGUGACAUGUUUAAAAUUGAACAGCUGUAGACAUUUGCUUGGAGAGAUGCUGAUCUGGAAUGUACUAAUUACAGACUUUUCCGUUUUGGAAGAUGCUCCUAAUACUCAGUUUGGAUAUAUAAAUGUGGCUACUCUCUGUUUUGAGGAAAUGCCUGUAUUUUGGCUUCAGUUAAAUAAAUUGAAGUUUCUAGGAA